UCUUCAUUGAAGUGCAGAUGAAAUCCAAAAUUGUACAUCAUCCAGUGAAAGACUGCUUCAGCUCAAGUUCAGAGCUGUUUCUUGUACUUUUUCCAGAAGCGUCACCAGGCUUAAUUACACCUUUACAACAAUCGCUUCACUGGUAAUUGGAGGUUUACGAGGGGACCUGAAGGCGUCAUUGUUCCAUCCCUGCUGGGCUGGCAGAGAGCUAAAUCUACAGCAGCAUACCAACACACAGAUCCGGUAUUUACUUUACUGUCUGCCCGGACAGAAUCAAUCUGUCAGGAGCUAACAAAUACACUGGACCUUCUUUGCAAGCGUCACGUUAUUUUCUGACAGCUCACAGCAGCACCGAUAGGGGGCUAAGCUAGCAGGAAGAGCUAACGACAGUUGGCUGAAACUCCUGCUCCGCUGAACACUACCCACUGCAGGCUGCUGGACGUGACAGAUCCAGCUAUGUGAGCUGCUCUGAUGUGUGGACUCAUAAAUCUAUUCAGCGCCUGGUUGAGACAGCUUCAAGCUGGUCUGGAGGACCACACUAAUACUGUGAAGUAAAACCUCCAACAGCCCUGCAGCUGAUUUGGCUGAACAGGUGUAUGUUGGCCUGGAUCGUAGCAUAACUCCCCAGAGCAGCCUCCUCCCCUCCCCUCCCUCUGCUCCCCCCGUAGCACUACUAUGCCUCUGGGUUUGGGAAGAAGAAAGAAGGCGUCUCCAUUAGUGGAGAAUGAGGAAGCGGAGCCCAUCCGUGCAGGUCUCAAUGUGCCAGGUAUGGAUGGCCUAGAUGGGGGUGUCGUCGGGCUGGGAGAAGGCGCCACCUCUGAAGGUCUCCCUCCUCCACCCAGCAGCAUGCGGCCUCGCCUCAUCUUCCACACUCAGCUCGCUCAUGGCAGCCCCACAGGCCGCAUCGAGGGUUUCAGUAAUGUGCGGGAGCUUUAUGCCAAGAUUGGUGAGGCCUUUGGGAUACCGCCGUCUGAGGUUAUGUUUUGCACACUGAACACUCACAAGGUGGACAUGGAAAAACUGUUGGGAGGUCAGAUAGGGCUGGAGGACUUUAUUUUUGCCCACAUCAAAGGACAGCGAAAGGAAAUCGAGGUUUACAAAGGAGAGGAUGCACUCGGGUUGACGAUCACUGAUAAUGGAGCUGGCUACGCUUUCAUCAAGAGAAUCCGCGAGGGGAGCAUCAUCCACCAGAUCCAGGUCAUCAACGUGGGUGAUAUGAUCGAGUCGAUCAACGGCCAGCGCCUCAUCGGGUGUCGACACUAUGAGGUGGCUAAGAUGCUGAAGGAGCUGCCCAAGGGAAAGGAGUUCACCAUCAAGCUGACGGAGCCUCUCAAGGCCUUUGAUAUGAUCAGCCAGCGGUCUGGAGGGUCCAGGUCAUCAUCAGGGGUUCAGCUUGGGACUGGCAGAGGCACUCUGCGGCUGCGCUCUAAAGGUCCUGCUACUGUGGAGGAGCUGCCCUCUGCAUUUGAGGAAAAGGCCAUUGAGAAGGUGGACGACCUGCUUGAGAGCUACAUGGGCAUCAGAGACAGCGAGCUGGCGGCUACCAUGGUGGAGCUGGGAAAGGACAAAAAGAACCCUGAUGAGUUCGCAGAGGCUUUAGAUGAAACCCUCGGGGACUUUGCCUUCCCAGACGAAUUUGUUUUCGACGUCUGGGGUGCCAUCGGCGAUGCGAAAGUUGGCCGAGUGUAACCACAGAAACUAACGGAGCAGAACAGCCUGUGUGUGACACCCACAACAUUCAGCACUACUAGGAAACACAACACUACCGUCAUGAGUUUGUUUUUAUUCCAGUGUAUACUCCUACUAUUUUUAAUUUAGAGUGUACCGUUUUGGGAGACUCUGCCAAGACAAAGAGGAUAAUGGCAGUUAAUGGGAGAAGGAGGCGACUGCGAUGACUACACAAGUGCUUUUAUUUGUCUUCCGGCUUUUUUCCAGAAACUACAAGCACGCUGAUGAGCAUUCCCUUUGACCGCAUCACAUGAACCUGCAUGUCAUUGUUGUAGUUGCUGGCAGUGGAACGAGUACAGCACAAGUCUCUUAAUAGGGGAGAAAUGAAAGACAACCGCUAACACAGAGUAGAUCUUUCAUACUUAGCAAAAAAUGUGAUUAUUUUCCACGUUGCACUGUGUUGCACUGCGCUGUAAAGCAACAACAGAUGGAAGCAGAGAUUGCACUGUACCUCACUCAGUGAGCAGUUAUUGCACAGUUCAAGGCCUCCCUGAGUUACAGUGUUGUCCUCAACCACUCGCUGUUACGGUUAUGGAUCAGUUUUACAAGCAUGUGCCGUUAUAUUUUUAUCUUCAUAAUGAAUUCUGCUGGGUUUGUGUUAUUUUUUUGGUAAAAGGAAAAAAAAACUGUCGUUCCAAAAGGGUCACUGUAACCUGUAGCUCGCUGACUAAAAGACCAGUGGUGUUUGUUCACCGUUAACACACUCCAUGCUGUAAUGAGUUAACUACAGCACAUUCCACUUUCAUACAUUCGACAGUGUUACAGAAAAUCAGUGUUAAUUGACCUUUCAUUGGAAAAGCAGAUUGGUUCCGGGUCUGUGGGCUGUCUUGACUUAUUUUUUUAUAGCUAGUGUUUUUAUAUAAAGUGAUGUGAUGUCUAUUUUAAAACAGAGUUUGUGUAAUGGAUUAUGAAGUUGAUCUUGUGUUGCAACUACUUUAUUUUGAAGCAUUACAGAAGGCAGUAUUAAAGAAGAGAAUAAGAUGGAGAAGUCGUGUAAAAAACAAACAAACAAAGGAAUCUGUUACGAACAAAAUGCCUUCAUUUCUUCUCAUUUCAUGCAUUUUAUUUUUUUUUAACUUUUUUUGUUAGAAGUAAGCAUUCUGGUGCAUGGUGCUGAAAAAGCAAGUAUCCCAUCAUUGGAGCAGAAUGAUACCAAACUACUUCCAUCAUGUGUCGCAGUGACCUGUGUUGUUUAUUGAAAGGAAAAAGAGGCAAUGCUGCACCAACUACUCUGCGUAGGUAAACACAUCUUAAAAAAAACAAACAGUUUUGGUGUUAACCUUUUCAGUAUAUCCAAAUGUAUGAAGCUAUUUUGUAGUUUUGUUUCACUCUUCAGAGUCGAUGAAUCUCUAAGUGUAAUGAAACUGCUAGAACACUGUAACACUGAGAAGAACACAUUAUUUUGAUGGCUUUGUAUUACACUGUUGUCAAUGUCCAAUUAUAAUGCAAUAAUAACAUCGA